AUGGCGGCUGCUGUUGGCUGCGAGUCUCCAAGAUCCCCGCAAAGCCCAGGGCAUUAUGCCGCUGGCUUUGCCAUGGGCCUGAACGAGUCCACCUACGGGAACGUUUUUGGCUCCCCUCGCGGCGGGUCUACAGACAGGCGGUGCAUAACCAUCGAUGUGGAUGCAGGGACCGGCUUUCACCGAGGCCGCAGCCCAUCUCCUUUGCCUGCCAGUCCCGGAACAAAGUUUGAGAGGCUGCGCACGCUGCAGGCCCUGGACCAUCCGUAUUUGGAUUUCUCCUUGGACGUGCUCCCAUGCCGGAGGCAUUCUCCUGCACCUGUCAGACAUGAUCCUCGAAAUGAAAUCCUCCAAGCGCUCGAUGCUUACGAGCACACGGCAGUCCUCGGUCGACGAGCACCUCUGCCACGUCAUCACAGAGGCGAGGUUGAGACAGCUUCCUUAUCCCCGCGGAGACCUCCGGUGCCACGCUUCGCUGUUCGGGAUGCCCAGGACAGCCAGUACUCAGGCGCUGCAAUGGAGACCGUGAACAGUGGCAAACUUGCUGCUGGCAAGGAUGAUCCGAAGAAGGCAAUGAACAGAAGCAUGCGCCGCUUGGACACUGCUGCUGCUAAACUGGAGAAAGUCGCAAAGGCUUUGGUAGAGGAAGCACAGAGACAGUCCUUGAAGCGAGUUGAAUGA